AUAGAUCUGUAGUUGAAAUGUGUUAUACAUUUUGCCAUAAAGAAUUUCUGCUUGAAUCCUUGUACUGUAGACCAAUUCUAAACUCUCCAUUGUCUGCAGGGUUUACCAGAGAGAAUACAGACAUCUCCUGGCUUUUAUAUUUGCUAUUGAUGAAAUAAACCGCAGUCCAGACAUUCUGCCCAACAUAACUCUGGGAUAUCAUGUGUAUGAUUCUUGUGGACAUGUGAAUAAAGCUAUAAAAGACGUUCUACAGAUAUUGUCUGGACAUACAAAGGGAGCUCCAAAUUAUUCCUGUAUGGAGCGGGGUGCCCUGGCUGGUUUCAUUGGAGAUCUCAAUUCUGACACCACUCUCCAAAUGGCCCAGCUGCUGAGUCUAUAUGGUUACACCCAGAUUAGUUAUGGAGCCAGAGAUACUUUGCUGAGUGAUAGAAAGAUGUAUCCAAACUUUUUCCGGACAGUUCCGGAUGAUGAGAUGCAAUAUGUGGCCAUAGCAAAGUUACUGGAAAGGUUGAAGUGGAACUGGGUCGGGAUCCUUACAUCUGAUGAUGAAUACGGAGAGAGGGAGAUCCGACAUCUCAGCAAACAUUUAUCUGAUCAUGGAAUUUGUAUUGAAUUCAAGAUUCUGGUGUCUAUAAAGAAUUAUAAUAAAAUUCCUCCAGAGCUGCGGACCUCAACCACGGAAGUUCUUAUUAUUUGUGGCUCAUUUAGUCUGAUUUAUUACAAGUUUUUGUAUCAUAAUGUCCCUUAUUACACGGAGAAAACUUUUAUUAUACCAGAUUCUUGGUCAAUGAGUGAAAUAUUUUUUUCUCUCAGUAACUGCAGCUUGGCGUUUACAUUCCCCCCUCUCUACAUAAAGGGAUUGCUGGAAUAUUUUUAUAGUAUUCAUCCAUCCAGCCGCCCAAAUGACCCCCUGAUGGAGGAUAUUCUCAUAUCUGAAUUUCAAUGCUUUUCAGAAAACCAAAUGAAAAAUGUCCUUAUUCCAAUUAUACAUAGACGUCCUCUUAGGAACUGCAGUUUGGGGAAAAUUCCACUUGAUUUAUAUUUUCCUGAUGAGAAAACAUCCUAUAGAGUGUAUAUCUCAGUCUACAUUUUGGCUCAAGCAUUACAUGACAUGGAUUUAUGUUUAAAAAUAAAUAACGGAAAAUCUGAAAUAAAUCCACACACACUAAAGUAUAAGGUGAGAGCGUCCAAUGAAAGUUUACUCGUAUCUUUUUAUACUCGGUCAGUUCAGUACUGGAACACAAUGGGGGUCACUAAAGCCAUAGAGGCAGCUAAUUGGAAGACUGGUGUCACGCCUAAUCUAAGCCGUAACCUGAGAACAGCCCUCAACACCAUUCGCAACAAUGAUGACCUUGUCAUCAAACCCUCUGACAAGGGUGGAAACAUUGUGGUAAUGGACAGAGCCUGCUAUGAAGACAUGUGUUAUAAAAUUCUCAAUAACAGAGAUUGGUAUAGGCCGUUACCGGCUUCAAUGAUUACACAGAGCAUCAAACGAUACCGCCAAAUCCUGAAUUGUGCACAACGUCUGGGUAUCAUUGAUGAUACCACCCUACAAUUUCUCAACGUCGAAAGCCCUACAACACCGACGUUUUACGCCUCAUCCAAAAUACAUAAGGUCGUCCUACCUCCACCAGGUCGCCCUAUUGUGUCUGGAUGUGGGUUACUAACUGAAAAUAUAAGUAGGAUAAUUGAUGAAUACCUAUACCCUCAUGUUCAAAGUCUUUUUUCUCAUGUCAAAGAUACCAUCGAAUUAUUGAAAAUCGUUGAUGGACUCACUAUUCCACCUAACGCAUGGUUGGUUGCAAUAGAUAUUGAGGCACUCUAUAAUUCCAUCCCCCACGGGUUAGGCACACAGGUAGUUAGAAGUUUCCUCAAUGAGCAUGACAAAAACACAUCGAAAUACAACAACUUAAUCAUAGAGAUGCUUGAAUUUAUCUUGAUGAAUAAUAUUUUAUUCAGUGAGGAAUCCAGAAACACCCUGUCGGAUAGCGUGCUAACAUGGCAUCACUAUAUCGACAACGUGUUUAUGUUCUGGGCAGGUUCGAAGGAGGACUUGGUACUCUUUCUGGAAGGUUUACAAACCAAUCACUAUAACCUAAAAUUUACGUAUAAUGUUAGUCAAAAACGUAUCACUUUUUUAGAUGUAGAACUCUACAUAGACGAAAACGGUCUCCUAUGUUCUACACUUUAUAGGAAACCUACGGCAGGUAACAGUUUGUUGCAUGCCACCAGCUCGCACCCUAAAUCACUUAUUAACAGCAUACCUUACAGUCAAUAUUUGAGACUGAGGCAAAACUGUUCCCAUGAGGAAGAUUACAGAAGAGAAGCAGCCCAGUUGUAUGGCCGACUCAAAGAGAGGGGCUAUAGCAAGACGUGCUUACGUCAAGCUUUCAACAAAGCCAGUACUUUAGAAAGAAAUACUCUUAUCUAUAAAUCUAAAGCUGACCCCAAAACAAACACCACUAGAGUAAUUACCUGGUUUAACCGUCAACGUGGUCUAAUUCGUAACAUAUAUAGUACAUUUUGGCAUCUCCUUACCUCUGAUGACACAAUCAAUAAGUUUGUGAAUCUGACACCUGAGAUUACAUUUAAACGUUCUCCAUCAAUCAGAGACAAAGCUGUCUCCAGCCAUUACGCGGUACAAACGCUGUCCCGCUAUGUAAAAGAAGUCCAGUACAAGGAUCAGGAUGGUGAUGUCAUGAUUUUUAAUGGAAAAGGAGAACUGCCCAGCCCAUUGGACAUUGUAAAUUGGGUUACAAGAAUUAAAGAUAUAAAUAUCACUGAGUGUAUGCUUGUGGGUCACUUUGAUGGGUUCCUUUCAGAGGGUCAGCAACUUACACUAGAAACAAAGCAAAUAUCAUGGAAUGGAGACAAGAACAUAUUCUGUGGUAUCCAGACUAAUGAAGGGCCACCUUUCAUUAAUGGUCCAUGUGUUUCCACCAAGGUCCCAAGAGGUCAAUGCUCCGAGGAAUGUCUUCCGGGGUUCAGAAAAUCUUAUACCGUGCCUAAUGUUAUUUUCACUUCUUUUUACUCUACAGACAGUGAACUCUGCAAGAAGUGUCCUGAAAAUGAAUGGCCUAACAAAGCUAAAACUAUUUGUAGUGACAAGGUCAUAAAGUAUUUAUCAUACGAGGAGGACAUUCUAGUUUUAUUUUUUUCUAUAACUUCAGUCAUAUUUGCUACAACAUCUCUCCUUCUACUUGGACUAUUUGUUUGGUUUCGGAUCACUCCCAUAGUCAGAGCCAAUAACCGGAACCUCAGCUUCAUUCUGCUCCUCUCCCUCAUACUGAGCUUCCUUUCUGUAUUCCUGUUCCUUGGCCGUCCUGUGGAUAUUACCUGUAUGCUGCAACAAGUCACUUUUGGAAUUCCCUUCACCAUCUCAGCAUCUUCUAUCCUCGCCAAAACCAUCAUGGUCUUCAUUGCUUUUAAAGCCACCAGACCUGGAAGCUCUUGUAGAAAAUGGGUGGGAGUCAAACUUCCCAAUACAGUCAUGUUAUUCUGCUCAUCCAUUCAGGUUAUGAAUUGCAUUCUCUGGUUGUUCAUCUCUCCACCAUUUCAGGAGUAUGACAUGGACUCCUAUCCUGGGAAGAUCCUCAUUCAGUGUAAUGAAGGGUCAGUUAUCGGCUUCUACUCUAUGUUGGGUUAUAUGGGGUUUCUGGCAGCUGUGAGUUUUCUUCUGGCUUUCAUGGUGAGGACAUUACCGGACAGUUUUAAUGAGGCCAAGUACAUCACCUUCAGCAUGCUGGUGUUCUGCAGUGUCUGGAUUGCCAUGAUCCCGGCCUAUCUGAGCACCAGAGGGAAAUACAUGGUGGCUGUGGAGGUAUUCGCCAUACUGACCUCCAGUGCUGGAAUAUUAUUGUGUAUGUUUUCUCCAAAACUCUACAUUUUACUUUUCAAACCUGAACUGAACACAAGAGGGACAAUGCUGGGGAAGAGAAUGAUGGAAAUGUAACACAUUGAUUCAAUGUAUAAUGUUGUAGAUCAGAUUAAACA